UGUUGAACGAUGGCGCUUUCAUCUACGUGAUUAUCCUAAGCCAUGUUUGAAUAUAACCGAUCUUUUUCUAUGGGGUAAAUUAGUUGUGGCUGAACAGUUGGCUGAUAGUAAAGGUCAACGUAAAGUUCCUAUUGAACCUGGUUAUCCGUGGCCAAAUUAUACAUUGAUUCGAUCCAGUUCACCAACUAAAUUCUAUUAUGAUUUAAAUGCAGAUGUAAAAUCUUUUCAUAUAUGUUAUGGUGCUAAUUGGGAACCAACUGUAUCAUGGUUUAAUCAACGUUUAGAUGAUAUUAAACCAUUAACAAAAGACAAAUCUUAUCCACCAUUAGGUUGGUGGGAUAAAAUACGUUUACUAUUACAUGGUCAUUUGUUAUUUGCUGUUGAUACAAUGCAUUGGUCAUAUUCAACAAGUUUAAGUCCAUAUAAUACAACGGAAUUUUUCACAUGGCAAUGGAAUCGUACUGUUGUGCAUUGGGAAAAUGGAGUUAUAAGAAUUGAUGGUGAUUUAGAUUUGGUCUAUCAAACUGCAUCAAAAUAUGAUGGAAUAUGUCGAUUAUUUCAUAUACCACAUUUAGAAAUGACAGUAAAAUUAGACUGGUUAUCAUUACGUGAUCCAAAUGAUCACCACUCAGUGAAAUAUUGUUGUACGGACUGUCUGACACCAAGAGAACAAACUCAGCACGAUUCCUUCAAAUACUUCCGGGCGAAUCGUUUAGCUAUGGAUAUUAACUUCACCGUGAAACCACCUCCAACUGGAUCAUCUACUAUGGAUCAAAGACCUUGGUGUUCAUUCUAUACAAGUGUAUUAAAAUUUGCUGAUAAACUACGGAAUUGUCUGUCACAAAUUCCUCGUCCUAUUCGUCGUGGUUCUUUAUAUCAAUAUAAGCCACCAAGAAAACCACAUUUUGGACGUCUACUUCAAUCAUUAGAAUUUAGUAUUAACAUGCCCCAAUUAGAAAUAAUCUUUUGGGUCUCCUAUGCUAAACGUACUGGUGUUCAUGUUACUACUGGACCAAUUCAAAUUAUUGGUAAAUUAAAAUGUAAAAUAGAAAAUGAGGUUAAAUUCAAUCGAUUAAUUGGAAAAUUGAACACUUCAAUAGCCUCAUCGUCUACAUCUGUAAUCGUAUCAGGUGGUGAAUCAAUCCCAUUAGAUACUACCACUACAUCUACUCUCAAUGAACAAACAACUAUUCUACAUCCAUAUGUAAUGAUCCCACCAAAAUUAUCAAUUCAACGUAAUGGUUUAUCAAGACGUCCUAUAGUUAAUUGGUGUGUUUUAAAUUUAUUCGCUAGUAUACAUGAUAUUGCAAUACAUUUAAGACAUAGAGAUAAUCUUCCUGGUCCAUUAAUUCAAAUGUUAUUACAGUGUAUGAAUACACAUCAGAAUUGUACUAAUGAUAUUAGUAACAAUCAUCAGUUAAACUAUCAUAAUUUCAGCAUUCAUGACAUAGAACAACUGGAUACUAAAGAAAUGAAUAAUGAUACUGAAGCAUUUAUUCUAGUCCCAUUAUUACGUUAUCAACAACUUUGUCCAACUGUUCUCCCGUCAAAUAUAGCUGUACGUGUGCAUAUACCUGGACCAAGAUCUACUACAGUGACAUCUGUUACCACAUCUACAACUAAUACUACUACCAAUGAAAAUAGUAAUAUUUACAACAAUAGUUUUGGAAAUACUAAUCUCAGUCCUACUAGCAUUGAAUGUCAUCCAGUUGAAUCCAUAAAGAAUAAUACACCUAUCAAUUCUACGUCUACAAUUACUGAGAAUAUAAGUGCGGAUGUUACGUCGACAUCACAUGUUGAUGAUGAGAAAAAAUUGCCAUUCAGUCAUCAUAAUAAUAACAACCGUACUACUCAUAAUAAUACUAAUCGCAUACCAACCCCUAGACAUAACUCUACUGCUACACCCUGCAGUAGUAACAAUCAGUUGACACAUGAAGAUCUCACUCCUGUUCAUCAUCUUGAAAUACAUGAAUUUAAAAUGCGAUGGACAGAACAGCAUAGGAAUCUUGUUUACAUUCUAAUGAAUAGUUAUCGACAUGCUCAAUCGUUGAAAAAGAAUUUAUCAGCUCGUGCACUACAUGGAUUCAGAUUACAUCCUGGCGGUAGUAGUAAUGGUCAUACAACAACAAUGACAAGCGGUGGCACAGCUCUUAGUCGAAAUGCUCGUAGUGCGAUUCAAUUAACAAACAGUGUUAAUAAUAAUGGUUUUAAAUUACUAAACUCUACUGAUAAACGUCCAUUAUCUACUGUUAUUCAACAAACUGAGUUAUGUCAUUUAUCUAAAUCGACUAAAUCAAAUUAUAAUGAUAAUUAUCUUCUGACGAAAAUGCCUACAAGUGAUGAAGUGUUACCAGAUAAUAUCGACAUGUCAUCAAAUGCUGUGACUAUGGUGACGGCGACAACAACAACAAAUAAUAAUAAUAAUAACUCAGAAAUGGAGGAAAAUAAUUAUGAUCAUGUAUAUUUGUCGACAAACUCAUCACCAUCGUCUGAGUCGAAUAAAACGAAGUUAACGUUUUCUAAACAGAUACCAAUGUUGGCGCAGUUAUUAGAGGAAGUGGAUACAGCACGUUUUUAUGCUUAUUGUGAAGAAGAACCCAAACAAACAGAUGUAGUAUCACAACUACAAGGUUUACAUAUCUGUGCGUCUAGUUUAGUUGCUGAACGUAAUUGGCAUUUGGAAUUGAUUAAUCCUCAAUUAAUGUUGAAAACAAAUCAUUUAGCCGGUUAUGUCUUAGUGUCCGCAGCCAGAGCCAAGUUGGAUGCGUUAACUCAUCCACCAAUAUGGAAAGAUUCACAAUUGUUGAAUAAAUCUAGUUUAGUUGGACAUUUGGAAUGUAUGCAAUAUUAUGCUACUGUUGGACAAGUUCUUCCAGAAACACCUGAUCAAUGGUUAUCUACAGCUGAUGUUAGUGAUUGGACUCAUCAUAAUUUGAAUGCUGAUGAAGAUGCGUUAAGUGGACGACCUGAAGUAGUAGGUUGUGGUAGAUCCGUCGGUGGUGUGGUUACAGCAUGUGUUGGUUUUCCAAAAACACCUUCAAACAACAAUAAUAAUAUUAGUAACAAUAAGAAUUCAUUAACUCGAACAAGUACAUUGACCUUUGGUACAAAACUAAUGAGUAAUGAUUCCACACUCAAAAAUAAUGUUACUUUAACUUCUAUGAUGACCACAACCACACCAACCACUACUACAAUCACUAGUUCUACUUCUAAACUUCAUACGGAUAAUAUUCGUCCUAUUCAACUACAACGUAUGAUAUCUCGUUGUUCAUGUGAAGUAUUUUAUAUACAUUAUGAACCUGCUGAUCCAGCGAAUUUACCACUUCCACAUCUUAUUCCACCAUUAUCACUAGAUGAAACAGAAGUUGUUCGUAAUCCAGAAGGAGCUGACACAGUCACUUUAUUGCAUCAUACGCUAAAUGUUUCCACAAACUCUCUCCAAUAUCAUAUGAUUGUAGAAAUUGUGAACGAUCUUCUGUUGUAUGUUGAACCACAAAGAAAGGCUAAAUUGGAACGUAAUCGUUUGACAUUUGGUUUAAUGUCUGAAUCACAAGUUCGUUUAGCUAUAUUACGUGAUCAAGAAACUUUGCGUCGUUUGAUCUCUGAACAACGUCAAUUGGAACGUUAUUUAUGGUCAUACGUUAGACAAACUAUGCAAGAAUUAGGCUUAAAUGCCAACAAUACAUUAGUUAAUCAUUCAUAUCCUACAGCUUUGUAUCACUCUCCUACUACUGACAGUAGUAACAAUGUUACAUCGCGAACAUCAAAUUUAACUCUGAAAUUAGUCGAUUGCAUACAAAGUGCUCGUCAAUUGGAAACUCAAAUUAAUCAAUUAAAAUCUCGUAUUAUUGAUUUAAAUGGUAUACUAUCACAGCGUUUAGGACAUUAUCAACAAUUACAAAUACAAAUUCAACGUCGACAUAUACGUAAAGCAAUGUCAUUUCGACGUUAUCAUCCAACAAAUAAAUCAUCAGCAUGUUCAUCAUUAUUAUCAUUUAAUAAUGAGACUUUAUCAUCAAUUUCAAAUCGUAAUACUGUUAGUUUAGUACAAAAAACAUCGAAUGAUGAUUUUAAUCGAAUUAUUCAAACCAACAAUAUUGAAUCGGAAACUUAUAUACAAAAUAGAAUAAAUUUACAUCGUGCAUCUUCUAUAGACUAUUUGACUCAUCCUAUUGCGAACACUAUGAAUAAUAAUAAUACUGAAACUGUCAUAUCAGAAAGUGGUAAUAAGUCAUUAUUAUCAUCGUCAUUUAUGGAUGGUGGUGAUAGUAAACCAGCAGAAAUUGUUCGACGAAGUGAGGUGUGUUUUGAGCAUGCAAGAUGGCGUAUGACUGAAAAUGAUGGACAAAUAGGUUUAGCUGAUGUGGAACUACGUGGUUUUAUUUAUACAAAAACCCAUCGUCAAGAUGAUUCUGGUUCACAUCGUUUAGAAUUAGGUUGGAUACGUGUUUGUAGUUUGGCACCGAAUUCAUUUUAUCGAGAAGUUUUAGCUCCUGAUGUAUCUGGUGGUCGUUAUGCUGGUGGUCCAAUUCUACGUAUUGCUUGUUCUGAUUUAGCUCCAGUUGGUGGAAUAUCUGUGAAAGAAGCGAUGGAAAUCAGUGUUGCACCAAUUUUAUUACAGAUGAGUAAGCAGUUCUAUAGGAUUAUGAUGCCUUUCUUUUUUCCUGAAAAAACUGAAGAUACUACUACUAAUAAUACUGUCACCGCUAUCCCUGUUCAUACUGUAAAUGUAGCAAACCCAAUAGGAGACGGCAUUAAUUCAUCUGCAUUUACUAGUCAUCCGUUUUUUAUUCCACAAGACAAUGUUGGGAGUAGUAGUGGUAUUUGUAGUGAUGCAUUUCAUUAUCUGGAUUCGAAUCUCUCUACAAAUCCAAAUAAUCUACUUUACUCAUCAGAGAAUAUCGGUUUACCAAGUAAAUCAUGGCUACGACGUUAUCUAUCCCGAUAUUUACCUCAUCGUUUAAAGAAUGAGAACGAAUCAGUACCAUCAGUUUCAUCAUCGUUACCACAACCAUUAAAUGUUAUCCAUAAAUCUCAUCAAUCAGAUAUUUUAGAAAAUAUAUCUUCAGAUUUAUCUGUGCCGAUUGUUGUUUCAACGGCGGCUACAACAGUAACACUUACUUCGUCGUUGUCGCCAACAUCAAUGUACAUUCCAUCAAAUAAUUUAACAAUCGAAGCUGCUAUAUCUGGACGAAAUUAUUGUAGUGUUAAUGAUGAUUGGAAUGCAUUGAGUAAUAAUGCAACGGGAUCAGGGACAGAAACAACAGUAGCAACGUCGUCUUUUGCUACAACGUCCAAAUUAUUACAAAUGAUGAAUAUGCGCACGAAGUUACCCAUAACCGAUUAUUUACGGAGCCAAAACGAAUUGGAAUUUCCCAAUCUUUUCCACACGAAUGAAUAUGACGUUAAGUCAUCAUUAUCACAUAAUCAUAAACCUAAUGAAUGUUUUUCAAUACCAUUGACACAUUAUUCAAAUUAUAACGAUACUACUACUGAUAAUUUUAUCAUGUUAAUGCAACAACCAUCGAUAUGUUUACAACAAUUAUUACCUGUAAACAAUAUAUGCACAUAUUGUAAAUCGAUUCAUUCAACCUCUAGUAAUCAUCUUCAUUCUUUGAAUAUGUCAUGGUAUAAUCCAAUGAAUUAUGGAUCUUUACCAACGGAUCAAAUAACAUCAGUUAAUCAAAUCGCUAUGCAUCAUUCAAAACAUAAUAUUAACAACACAAAUAUACCAUUGAAUCCAGUCGAUGUGAUGCAGGAAAGAGCUCGUCAAAACAAAGUAUUUCUAUACAUUAAAAUUCCUGGUUUUCCAAUACGAUUAAGUUAUAAGGGUGAAAAACAAAAAAAUAUCACUGAUGUAACACGUUUUGAAUUGUUUAUUCCAACACUGGAAUAUCAUAAUUGUGUUUGGACGUGGUUAGAUUUUGUGAUGGAAGUAAAAACGCGUAUACGUAAACAACUUGUUCGUGAAGUGAUAAAGAAAAAACUUACACCUCGUCGACGUUUACCACUUCUACGUAUCUCUGGUACCAGUAAAAGCAAUACUGAUAAUAAUAGUAAUAUUCCUGCUAGUAGUACUACUGAUUCUAAACCACACGAGUUAACAACGUCAAAUAUUCUGUUAUCAUCUGUUAACCGGCUGAGUUCACUGACUCCUUCCGCUGUUACUAGCGGUCGUGCUGAUUCAACGAUGCAUUCACCUGAUGUCGAUGAUGAUGAUGACCUAGUCGAUCCAACAACUGUUGCUGCACAAGAAGAGAAAGCUCAACGUGAUUUGGAAAUGAUAUUAGGUCGUCAUGCUCAAAUACAACCUAACAAGACGGGCAAACGAAAACGUUUCAAAUCGAAACCAUUCUAAUUAUAUUUUCUCUUAUUGAAAUAGUAACUUCAUUUGGUUUGUUUUUAUGAUGGAUGGUUUGUAUUUUUCCAUGAUUGCUUGGUAUUAACAAUUAAGUUGAUGGUUAGACUUUACCAAAAUUCUAUGUAUCUAAAAUGUGCACAAUCUUUCUUUUAUCACCAAGUAAAGUCAUUUUUAUCUUC